GGGCGUCGCCAAUCGGCGCCGGCCCUUGUCUCCGAGUUCCGGGCUCGAAGCCGUGGAGACCUGAGAGGAGACGCGGCCCUGACCCUGCCGGGCGGGCAUUGGCUGGAAUUGGAGUGUGUCCCAGUACCUGAUUGCAGCCAGCAUCAUGUGGUUACUUACUGCUCUUCAUUCACCUAUUGAUGCCGCCCAGAAAAAAACGCAGCCAGCAUUCUCGGAAAGCCCCACUGCUAUUCCACCAACAACCACUGGAGGGCCCCAAACACCACUGUGGAUCUCCACAGCUUCCCAUCAGUCACACUAGACAGGUGCCCAGCAAGCCCAUUGACCACAACACCAUCACAUCCUGGGUAUUGCCUCAGUUUGAUACAACAGCAGAAAGCUGUUUCCAAGUUUACCAGAAACGUGGUCACCAAGCCCAGGCGAGACAUUCAAGUCGAAAAUCUACCACUUCCAAGUUUCCACAUCUAACCUUUGAGAGUCCACAGUCUUCUUCCAGCUCAGCGACAUUGGGGAUCCCCUUAAUCAGGGAGUCUCCUGAGCAAUCAGUAAAGAUUUCCAGAAGGCCCUUAGUUCCAGUGCUUAGUCCCCAAAGCUGUGGGGAACCGUCAGUACAUACACUUGAAAGCCCAGCUUACGUGUUCCUUCCACCUGAUAUCCAGACUCCAGGGUCAUCUCCCGUGAAGGAAAAACCCAUUCUCCCAGAUCAGAAGGAAAACAGCCUUCCAAGCUGCUCCCUUCGUACGAGUACUCCUAAGAGCCCAGAUCCUGGGCCUGUUCUGGUUAAAGACACUCCUCAGGAGAAGUAUGGGAUAAAGGUCACCUGGAGGAGACGGCAGAACCUGUUGGCUUGCCUCAGGGAGAGAGGGAGGUUGAGCAGAAGCCAGUUCCUUGUGAAAAACUGACAUCAGCCUCUCUCUUUAUUAAAUUCAGGAAAUUGACUGCUGGUUUUCAUGGAGUUGCUAAAGUCACUUUUCUGGCUCACAAGAGAGUAUAUCAAUAGAAUAAGAUGGAAAUAAAACAAACAGGAAAAAUAUAUUAUAACUAGAGCCCUGGAGUCAUAAGGGAAUUCAGUUCCCUGAUUUGCUUUUUAAAAUAUCUGGUGUCCUAUACGGUCACUAUGAGUCGGAAUCGACUCCACAGCACUGAGUUUUUUUGGGGGGUGUCAUAAACAGUUGAUCUUUUUUUUUUUUAUAUUAACUCUUGAAAAUUAAAUUUCUUGUACUAACAAAAUGUAUGUAAAUAGUUAAUAGGAAGUUUUUUUAGAGAACGCUGCAUUUUACUGUCAAUAGUGUA